GUCAAUAGAGACCACUCGUACUGGUACCGUUCUGAUCGCGAACAGAACUCGCCUGGGCACGGCCGCCCAUUGAGAGUACCGAAAUUCGCUUGCUGUCCGGACUGACAAUUUUCGCAUAAACGCACAACGCUAUGAUUGCGCAAUCAGUUUUCGUACAGUUAGUUUUUGCUGCUGGUGGCAUUUUGGUCAUUGUAAUGCAACAAGCCGACGCAGGAGCAACCAUUACACAACUAGCCGGUUCAUUAAUUCCAGACGAAUCGUCGAGCACACGCGUCGUAGGCGGUUCCGACAUUAGCAUUUCUGAAAUCCCAUUCAUUUGUUCCAUUCGGCUUCCGACAAAAAUCGGCCGCUGGGGUUGGACACGUGUUCAUCUGUGCGGAAGCACAAUAGUGAACGAAAGAUGGCAGCUCACCUCCGCUCAUUGCGUAUUCGAGAAGGACGUCGCCAGGCUGCUGGUGGUUUGCGGCAUACGGCAAGUGAGAUCGCUCGAACGGGUUGAAAUCAAACCCGACUAUUCCGAUGGACAGAAGGGAAACGAUUUGGCACUGAUGCUGCUCAAGAAACCGCUGGUAUUCACCAAAAACGUGCAAGCAAUUCCUAUUUUUUCCCAACCUAUUUUACCAUUCAGCGUAGCUGCGAUAGUCGGCUACGGAGUAAGUUCAGAUGGCACCAAUGGAUUAAAGGCGGCUUUCGUACCAAUUCUUACAUUCGGCGACUGUAGCAAACGAUUGGGAACCUUGGCAGCGUAUCUGACUAGCGAUACUAUUUGCACCGAUAACGGAUUAUCGGCGUCUGGUGCUUGCUUGGGUGAUUCGGGAGGACCAGUUAUAGUUGCCACCGAGCUACAACCGUUCAAUUUGUUAGCGAUACCGGCCUGGACAGUCAGUCCGUGCGGAAGUGGACCCUCAAUGCACACACUGAUUUCAUCCCAUAUCGAUUGGAUUUUGAACAUUAUCACACCAAAUUUGAUAUGAUUGCGAGAAGAAAAUAUAUGAAUGACGAACAUCUCA